AUGCAUGUACCAGGAUCACUCAAGGACCUUCAAUUAGCCCCUAUUAGUCGCCAUGCACGAGAAACGAUUCAUAAAAUGGUUGACCAAAAUAUGAAUUGGGCAAGCAUCAACAAUGUGUUGCGUAUUGAUAAGAAAUCGCUCAAAAGCCUUAUGGAAGGAAAUAGUACCACUGGUGUCCCUAUGAUUUUGCGUAUUGGCUACGAUCACGUAUUUUAUGCCAUGCGUAAAUCCAUCAAGAGUCGUGCCCGAUUCAAUGACCAGCUUGAAUCCAGCUUCGAGAAGUGGACUGAGAAAAUCGCCAAUGAGGAUGGGCACUCGAAAUAUCUAACUAUGGAUGAGGAUCAAGUGUCGUAUUCUAGAGUCUGGGUUUGA